AUGUCUGAUAGCUCUUUUCUUUUUCCGAAUGGGAGAUUUGAAGAUAAAAAGCUUGAUAUCUGCCAAAAGUUCCUUCUUAAGACUGCUCGUGGUUUCAGCUCUUUUCUUUUUCCGAAUGGAAGAUUUGAAGAUAAAAAGCUUGAUAUCUACCAAAAGUUCCUUCUCAAGACUGCUCGUGGUUUCAGGAGGCGUCCAUCCAAAGAUAUCGUUUGCUUAUACUUUAUACUGAAGCUGCAACGGCUAAAACCCUGUAUUUCCUGGUUUAUCAUGGGAAACAAGCCUGCAAAGCAAGAAAACGUCCAGAAUGAAGAGCUGCUAUUGAAGAUUGUGCCCCCUUUAGACCAUGCAUAUGUUCGUUGGCUUGCUCGGGAUCUUGAGAGAAUCCAUGGCUUCACUCCAAGAAAUCCUCGUGCAAUAAAGCCCCCAGACCACUAUAUCGAGUUCAUGCGCCUGAAUGGAUGGCUUGAUGUGAACCUGGACGAUCCUGAUCUGGCACAAUUAUUCAAACCCGAUGUACCUAUUGCCAAUGAUUGGUUUGAAGGGGAGCUAGAACCCGUGGAUGAAUAUGCCAAUAUAGUAGGUAACGAACAGGAAAACAUGGUCUCUAAAAGAAUCCCACGUAGGAAGGGAUUACCAUCAAGAUUUCCACAUCUCGACCAGCUGCAAUUCAUGCCAACUCCCAUGGCAGAUAGGGAACUGCAAACUGGGAGCCUCACAUCUGGACCAGCUGCAACCUUACUUGGUGUUAGUGUUCAUACCACCGAAGUUAAUUUUGAUGUGAUUGUUGAUGAAUCACAAAGCAUUGAUGCAGACGAAUCGUCGCGGUUAAAGGCGGAAAGGCCACUGAAAAGAAGAAAUGUGAAGGCCACAUCCUAG